AUGAACCUAAUUACUACAAUAAUUGCUAUUGCCACUACCCUCUCUAUUAUCCUGGCAGUUGUUUCCUUCUGACUUCCCCAAAUAACCCCUGACCAUGAAAAACUCUCCCCUUACGAGUGUGGGUUUGACCCCCUCGGAACCGCCCGCCUCCCGUUCUCCCUCCGGUUCUUUCUCGUAGCUAUUCUCUUUCUUCUCUUUGACCUAGAGAUCGCCCUCCUUCUCCCCUUACCCUGAGGGGACCAACUACCCGCCCCCCUAGCCACAUUCACCUGAGCCACCAUUGUCCUUGCUCUCCUCACCCUCGGACUAGCUUAUGAGUGAGUCCAAGGAGGCCUUGAAUGGGCAGAAU